AUGACAAGGAAGGACCUUGUACUUAGGAAGUCUCGCUCUCGCUCAAACCCCACAAUGGGUCCGCCUGAACUCCAAAUGACUAACUGGUUCGAAUACGAAUCGGGACAUGCUUGGUGCGAAAGCGCCUACAAAUAUCAAACCCUGCCAAUGGUAGCGGAAUUCGCAAAUACGAUGACUAACCUUCCAAUUAUUGUCCUACCGAUGUUAAACGCGAUGAUGUUGCGGCGAUAUAUCAGAGAGGUGAAUCCUGGCCUCCUCAUACCUCAACUACUACUCACCUUCAAUGGAUUGGCUUCCACGUACUACCAUGCGACACUGAACUUAUUCGGUCAACUUGUCGAUGAACUUUCACUGGUGUGGAUCAUCAACAUGUUCCUCGUCGUCUACAUUCCCGUCAUGAAAUGGUUUCCAAAGAAAUUCAGACCUAUGCUACGACGAAUGGUAGUCGUGAUGACGGCGAUUUUCUCCGGUUUAUGUUUCCUCGAGCCAACUCUGAACGCUGUCGCUUUGAUGCUUUUCAGUGUUCCAGCCGCAAUUGUCAUACACUACGAAGGCACCCACUCAGGGAUUCCGGACAUCGAGAACUUCCCUCGUAGGACCCUCACACUGUGGUUCACGUCAUUUGGAUUUUGGUUUGCCGAUCGGCUCCUAUGCGACGUUUGGUUGUGGCUCGGCGCCCCUUACCUACACGCACUGUUCCAUCUACUAGCUGGACUUGCUGGAUAUUCCGUAUUCGUGAUGUUCUCCAUGAUCGAUAUCGAAGCAAGGAGCUCCUCUCACAGGUGA